AUGGCCCAACCGGUGGAUCUAUGUGAACUGUACAGUUCUUACUGCAAGGAGGAAGGUUGUAAACCAAAUACUGCGGUUUUGCAAUACAUUAUCGACUGUGGGCGCAGGUAUCCACUAGAAAAGUUGAUACUGGGUAACAAUUACUUGGGACCACGAGGCUUACGACCGAUUGUUCGCCUGGUGGACUAUUGUCCAACAAUGAUGCAUCUCAACAUCGAUGAGAACGGGGCUGAUAACGACACCGUAUCACUCCUCUGUGAUGUGCUAAUGACACACAAAGGCAUGCAGACAAUCAGCCUACGCGGUAAUCCAAUCACGGCCACCGGUGGGAAGAAGUUGCUCGCACUUGCGGAGAAGAACCCUAAAAUCACUCAUAUUGAUCUUGAUAACACGGACGUUUUUCAGGCACUCUUGUUGAAGAUCUACGCCGCAACGAAAGCGAACCGUGAUCGGAUUGGGAGGGGGGCGGUACACCUUAUUCCAACCAGUAUGGACGAGAAGGAAUUAAUGGCUAUUGUGAGCAGCGCAAAUACGAAGAUGACACACACGUUUACAGAGAAGCCGGUGAUUAGACAACUCCCCAGCGUCAAAAAGGGUGAGCCAACUCCUGUGGAGAGUUCCGUGUCACCCCGUGUAGUGUCACCGGUGGAGCGCUCAACAACUUUCCCAAAACCUGGUAGGGCCUGGGGUGGUGGUCAACCUUCCUGUGAAACCAAGUCUCCCCUUGCACGCAGGAAGGGGAGGGCUCGGCCACCUAUUCCUCCCAUUACGUCUCGUUUGCCGGAGUCUCAACGACUAGAGUUGCAGAAGGAAUACCGUCAAAGGGCAAUGAUCCUACGCGAAGUGAAUACGAGCCAAGCGAGCAAAGUAGCCAAUCGCGUUCGUGAAGAGUUGAUGCUAUUAGAGCGUAACUUUAGGAGUGAGCCCUCCACCCAACUCGGUUGGAACGUGGAAGCUGCGGGAACGGAGGCCGGAGAAGGUAAGGGGGACCACAGUUUCGACCAAGAUUUGGAGGCUAUUGAAGGAUAUGUGGACACCAACCAGGAGGAGACGGAGCAUGGUGCUCAGCCGCAAAUGCAGCAUGUAGAGGAAGGCUCCGCGGAUAAUAGUCGACCUGAGGGGCUUAUAAAUCGCUCAUCAAAUGGUGCUUUCGGCCCUCCACCGAACUUCCGUGAGCCACAGCAGCAAGUGUUGUUGCGAAGGGAUGAAACAUCUCCCGAAGUACCAUUCGGCAAUGCCGGAGGGGUGACUUCGCUGAAGUCCAUAAAUUUGAGCGCAAUUUCCCCAUCUUCUAAUAGCCCUGAUUUCACUGGGAAAAUUGUGUUGCAAAGUGGUACUCCGAACACGAAUACGGAGAAGGAGAGCGAAGACAACGUACACACAUUUAUGGAGAGUCCUGCUUGGAUGACGCUCGGAAGCGGCGAAAAAUUGCAGUACCUCUUUAACAGUGGCUGUCGUGCGUACGUAAGCCAGAAGUUUGACACUUCGUACAUGGCAUGGAAGGAGGCAAUGUCCAUUGCCACUUCAGUGAAGGACAGACAGUGGAUGGCAGUGCUUUCUAACAAUUUGCAGCGACUGAGCUAUGAGAUGCUAGUACGUGAAGGUACCGAGUUCCUAGAUGAAUUUAAGCUAGAAGAUGCGGACGUAGCCUUUCAGCGUGCUCUUGAAGUUGCCCGUAGGGCAAAUAACGCAAAAUGGGAGUCAGAUAUGCAUAAAGCACGUCGGGAUGUACAGGUGGCUAUUUUCCACAAAACUGAUGAGGCUGCGUUGCGUAUGUUCGAAAAAGCACAAACCACGGAGCCGCGAAAAGUGACGAGUGACGAUUAUUUUGUCGUUGCGGGCUCCGAUGUACUUAUACAGCACACCGAGGCGUACGUGAACGAGUGGGCUUGCAUGUUGCUGGUAAAGGAGGCUGUCGAGUUGUGGGCGGCGGCCAUCCGCGUCACUGAGCGAAUUGGGGGAACUGCUUCUCAUACACUUCAAGUUUCUGUGAAGGAGUCGCUGACUACAGUUUCGUACUUUCUCGCGCAGAGGUGUUUCGAUGUGGAGGACACACAGUCGUUGAGUUGGAUGUCCACUUCCCGCUACAACUACCAUGAGUGUAUUAUGCUCAUCAAACUGUGGACGGACAUGACGUCCAGCGCCGAUUUUCGCGAAAAUCAUAAACUCUUCGCAGCCAUUGCCGCGGCUCAGAUAGGGAAUUUGUACCUAGCUACGAACCAACUGAAAGAGGCGGAGGCGCAGUUCUCAGCGCUUACAUCUCUCGGUGAAGAACUUCGUGAUUCAAUCCUAAUCGCUGCCGGGCACACUUUCCGGGCACUUCUCAACUGGCAGUGUGCGCGGUAUCCAGCAGCGGAGGAGCACUUUCGUACGGCCGUAGCGCGUUGGGGUGCACUACGCGAUGUGGUGAGACGGGAACGACUGGAGCAGAACAGCUUCGUUGGAAAUACCACUGGUGUCAACUCAACAUCAAAUUCCAGCAGUAACGUAGUCGAUAGUCUGACCAAGGUGACCACCGGCCGUUAUCACGUGGAUGGAGUUUCAGAUGCUGUGUUUUCCCGCUGUAAUGAGUUGUCAAGGCUACUGUUGCUGCUGCCACGUGGAUACGUGUCGAUGAUGGAGUGUGUCAGCUACAACUACCUUGUUUCGAGUCUCGCAUGCAAAUACCGAUACAGCGAAGCACUGGAGGUGUUGGAGUGUGGCUUGGUUUGUAAGUAUCGUGACAUGCUCUUUGACAAGCUCGAGAUGAACUUUAGCACUCGGCCUACUUUUGCACAAAUCACGGCCACACCUUCACUGGUUCACUCACCCCUGGUUUAUUAUUUGACGACAAGGCGUUAUGAAUGGAGCUCUACAAAGUGCUCCUACGACGUGGAGGAGAGUUUGCUAACGUGGAUUGUUCCACAGGUGGGUGACAUGCGUUUUAUUGAGAUCCCUUUGAUGAAGGAAAUGAAAGUGUUGUCCGUUGACAGUCUUGUGCAGAGGGUGCGUAAGUCACUUUUGCUUGCCCCCCUUGAUAGGCUGGGAGCAAACAAUGCUAGGAGUGGCGGAACCAGCGGUGACUCCUGUGGGGGCGAAAAGGCGGUGGAUGCACCUGAGAUAAUUACGGAGCUUCCUAAUAAAACAUGGGUGGAACCACUCAAGACGCUUUACAACAUUUUCAUCGAGCCCAUUGCAGCCUAUAUCCGCUCGUCGGACCCGCGGCUCCUGGCAAAGAACGGUGUCGUAACGAUAAUUCCCACGGAUGGCCUGUGGCUCGUCCCAUUCAAUGCCCUCAUGUCACGGAACGGGAAUUUCGUUAUUGAGGACUUUGCUUUUCAGUUGGGGUUCAGCGCUACACAGUGUCGUCUCGCUGCGCUGAGUGCGAAGCGAGUGCAGCAGCGGUGUUUGUUUCAGAACUUGGUGCUCGUACAAAAACAGGCGGACGCUACCGAGCAGUUGAUGUCGCACUUGCUUUUUCCUCUUGAUGCUCACCGCUCAGAGAGUGAAGGUGCUGUAGUCAUGCAGACGCUUGCUCAGAACAAGCGGCACGUCCGACACCAGUGUAAUUCCUACGUGACAAGCGAGAUAACGAGCAGCGAGGUGCUCCUGCACGACAUCGAGAAACUGAAGGAACACUUGCCGCGCAGUCGCACAGUUCAUAUCGCCGCCUCCACCACAAGCGGCUUUCGGAAUGAGGAUGCAGGUGGAGGUGCCAUUUGUAUAGCGGGGACAAAGGGCGACUUACAACUGUUGCGUUCCUCUGAUAUUGCGCGCAUGGAAUUAUUCGCUGAGCACGUGAUUCUUAGCAACGCUAAUAUGUCACCCUCUGGCAUCGUUGGCACGCACGACGAUGUACUUUGUCUCACCCGCGGCUUCCUCGCUAGCGGGGUGCCAUGCGUUAUUACAUCGCAGUGGUGCACACCCGACAUGGUGCCAGCGAUGCUCUUCUCACGCUUUUACCAACACCAGUCCGCGCCCAAUAAACGCACUCGAAGCUCGUUGCUGUCCCGUGAUUCCAUUGGACUGCUCCCUGCAUCGGGUACUCAACAGAAUGCAUUGUCUAGGAAGGAGGAGGGGAGUGAUCGGUGUAACGACAACUUAAACUGGCACAAGGCACUUUUCCUUGCGCAAGCCAUCCGGGGGUUAUUGGAGGACGACACAUUCCGUUACUCACCGCGUUCGUGGGCGGGGUAUUAUUGCAUUGGGUACGGGUUGAUGCCGCCGGGGGAGGCCUGA